GGGGGGGGAAUGUCGGCUUGUGGGUGAUCGGUACUCGAAGCGGCAGGGAGCGGCAGCGUCAUGGAUCUACAGAAAGCAGCUCAGCAGAAGAAUCUGGAGGGAUAUGUGGGCUUUGCGAGCCUCCCCAACCAAGUGUACAGGAAGUCUGUGAAGAGGGGCUUCGAGUUCACCCUGAUGGUCGUGGGUGAAUCGGGACUUGGGAAAUCCACGUUGAUCAACUCUCUGUUCCUCACAGACCUGUAUUCAGCAGAGUAUCCUGGACCCUCACAUCGAAUUAAAAAGACCGUACAGGUGGAGCAGUCCAAGGUUUUAAUAAAGGAAGGCGGCGUCCAGCUGCUGCUCACAAUAGUUGACACCCCAGGGUUCGGAGAUGCUGUCGACAACAGCAACUGCUGGCAGCCAAUCAUUGAUCACAUAGACAGCAAGUUCGAAGACUACCUGAACUCAGAAUCACGGGUGAAUAGAAGACAGAUGCCUGACAGCCGAAUCCACUGCUGCCUGUAUUUUAUCGCCCCCUCGGGACACGGACUGAAGCCCCUGGACAUUGAGUUCAUGAAGCGGUUGCAUGAGAAAGUCAAUGUUAUCCCACUGAUCGCUAAAGCAGACACUCUCACCCCGGAGGAAUGCCAACAGUUCAAAAAGCAGAUCAUGCGGGAAAUCCUAGAGCACAAAAUUAAGAUCUACGAGUUCCCAGAGACAGACGACGAAGAGGAGAACAGACUGGUGAAGAAGAUCAAGGACAAGUUGCCGCUGGCUGUAGUAGGAAGCAACACCAUCAUCGAGGUGAACAGCAAGAAGGUCCGAGGGAGACAGUACCCCUGGGGGGUUGCAGAAGUUGAAAACGGUGACCACUGCGACUUCACCAUCCUCAGGGACAUGCUCAUCAGAACACACAUGCAGGAUCUGAAGGACGUGACAAACAACGUCCACUAUGAGAACUACCGCAGCAGGAAGCUGGCGGCCGUCACCUACAACGGCGUGGACAACAACCGGGCUAAAGGACAACUGUGCACCAAAGUUGACACAGUUGACGGAAUGAGUCCUCUGGCCCAGAUGGAGGAGGAGAGGCGAGAGCACGUCUCUAAGAUGAAGAAGAUGGAGAUGGAGAUGGAGCAAGUGUUCGAGAUGAAAGUCAAAGAAAAAGUGCAGAAGCUCAAAGACUCCGAAGCAGAGCUUCAGAGACGCCAUGAACAGAUGAAGAGGAACCUGGAGGCGCAGCACAAAGAGCUGGAGGAGAAGAGACGCGUGUUCGAGGACGAGAGAGCGAACUGGGAGGCCCAUCAGCGCCAGGAGCAGCAGAAACUCGAGGCCUCCAGGACUCUGGAGAAGAACAAAAAGAAAGGCAAGAUCUUUUAAAGUCGGCAGGACCCCCCCCAACUCGAGUUGUAUUUGUUUGCCAACGUUGCCGGUCAGGUCACCAGUGUGUGGUGCUGACAUUACCCUCAUCUUCCUCCUCUUCAUCCUCCUCUUCAUCCUCUUCCUUUCCGCUCUGUCUGCCAGCACAGCUGUGCUCCUGCUCCCACCCACUAGAGGGGGUCACUGGGAGUAUAUGUAGGUAUGUGGGUGGGGGGUAGGCGGUGGAGACGGGUCUACAUGUACAGUCAGAAUCGCCAUCACAGAAGCCCCUCCCCCUUCACUGCCUCGGGACUCAUCAUCAUCGAAGAAUGUGUUUACCUUAACAGCCAAUUAAAAUAACCCCACGUUAGAAAGGCCAAACCCACAUUAUUUUAAUUAUUAUUAUUAUUAUUGAUGUUAUUAUUGUUGUUGUUUUAACUGAAUACUGUCCCCGCGCCCCCCCACCUGCUGCUCUUCCUACCCCCCCCAAACCCCCACGGUUGCUUUGAAACCACUGACGUGUAGUUUUAAUGGAGGUGAGAUGGAGAAGAGAGCUGAGUUACGUCUGACUGUUGUACAAUCAAGUUCUGGUGAAUUCUAUUUGUUUACAGCAAAAAGUGACCGUAACAUUCAGUGAAUAUUAACCUGAUCGUCGACCGUGUAUUAAACCCAGAGGACAAGGCAUUAAUUAAUCCUUCUUUUUCUUUUUGAGUGUACCUGGUGAGCCGUCGCUCCUGUGAGGGCGACUCAACCAAGCCAAUCAUGAAAUAGUGUCAACUGAAAAUCAUGAAUUUGAGAAAAACGAGGAAAAAAUGCACCUUGGGCCUUUUUUUUGAUGGAUUUUUUUUUUUUUUUUAAUGGCUAAAGCUUCUUCUCUUCUUUUAUUUUUUUUGACAUGUAACGCUUUCUUUAUCCUGUGUUUCGCUGUCUCCAGUAGCCUUGGAACCACCAUUUAUAAUGUCAUAAGUGUUAUACUUCACUUUAGUUUAUUUUUAUAUAUAUACACCGAGCCAGCUGAAGUCAUAACUUCUUUUGUAUGUUUAGAAAAAAAAAGAAUCUCAGAGACUUUUAACAGCAGCGUCCGGUGCUCUGGAUGAAAACAGUAACACACAAAUCCAUACACACUUUUACAAAUAACAUCCUGGACAAUAUUUCAGUCACUCUGCGGAAAAUGAAAAGUGGGAAAUGAAGAGUCGACACCGCGAUUUGCUUUGGCUAUGUACUCCAUCUCUGUAUUUUUAAUUUUAUUUUUCAUUUGUAUUGUACAAAGUCACUUAAUAAACCUGUGAUGAUAA